AAUCUUCAGCAUUUGACUGAAAGUGGUCAAUGGCAAGCAGAUGCCAGCGGCUCCGCCCACUCGUGACGUCACUCCUGGCGCAGGAGGGAUUUUGGGAGAGCCGGAAGAUCCAGGAACGAUCCCGUCUCCCUGACAGACUCGGACUUGUGGACGUUACCUUUUGCAGUGUGAAGAUGUGGAAGGCAGCAGUAGGACAGAACGUCCAGGUCCCUUCUGUCGAUGACGGGGACGACUGGGAGACGGACCCAGACUUUGAGAACGAUGUGUCCGAGAAGGAGCAACGGUGGGGUGCAAAGACUGUAUCUGGAUCUGGGCACCAGGAGCACAUCAACAUCCACAAGCUGCGUGAAACAGUUUCAACUGAACACACGAGUCUGAAGCAGAAGGAGCUGGAAACGAUGCCCAGUGCUGCACAUGGCUACGGGGGGAAGUUUGGAGUGCAGCAGGACCGUAUGGACAAAUCAGCGGUGGGCCACGAUUACCAAAGCCAGCUGUCCAAACACUGCUCCCAGACUGAUACGUCCAAGGGAUUUGGAGGGAAGUUUGGUGUCCAGGCAGAUCGUGUGGAUCAGUCUGCUGUUGGGUUUGAAUACGCCGGGAAGACUGAGAAGCACGAUUCCCAGAAAGAUUACUCCAAGGGCUUUGGAGGGAAAUACGGUGUGGAGACUGACAAGGUGGACAAAAGUGCAGUGGGUUUCGAAUAUCAGGGCAAGACGGAGAAGCACGAGUCACAGAAAGAUUAUGCUCGAGGCUUCGGUGGGAAAUUUGGUGUGGAGACAGACAAGGUGGACAAGAGUGCAGUUGGCUUCGAGUAUCAGGGCAAAACAGAGAAACACGAGUCACAGAGAGACUACACCAAAGGAUUCGGCGGGAAGUUUGGUGUGGAGACUGACAAGGUGGACAAGAGCGCCGUGGGCUUCGAGUAUCAGGGGAAGACGGAGAAACACGAGUCCCAGAAAGACUACGUCAAGGGCUUCGGGGGGAAGUUUGGCGUGCAGUCAGACCGGCAGGAUAAAUCGGCUCUAGGGUGGGACCACCAGGAGAGGGCAGAGCUGCACGAGUCGCAGAAAGAUUAUUCCAAAGGCUUCGGCGGGAAAUUCGGGGUCCAGAAUGACAGAAUGGACAAGAGCGCUGGAACGUUCGAGGAGGUGCAGAAGCCAAGUUCCACGUACCAGAAGACUCGACCGGUGGAGGCAGCUGGCAGCAGCACCGGCAGCAUCAAGGCUCGCUUCGAGAACAUCGCCAAGCAGAAGGAGGAGGAGGACCGUAAGAGAGCCGAGGAGGAGCGAGCGCGGCGACAGGCCAAGGAGAGACAGGAGCAGGAGGAGGCGCGGCGCAAGGCUGAAGUCAGAGCCCCGUCGCCCGUCCCUGCCAGUCCCAGUCCCCAGCCAGCUGCUGCUGCAACCACAGAGAAUAUAGAGGAGGUCAAUGCGGGGAAUGAGAACGGCGAGGAUAUGUACGAGGCGGAGCCGGAAAAUCUGUACACGGCCGAGGAGGAUCUUUACCAAACACCCACCGAGGCCAACACAGACUCGCAGAACUACGAGUACGGCGAGGACCUGGGCGUGACGGCCGUCGCCCUCUACGACUAUCAAGCAGCUGGCGACGACGAGAUCUCCUUUGACCCGGAUGACAUCAUCACCAACAUCGAGAUGAUCGACGAGGGCUGGUGGAGGGGCGUGUGCCGCGGAGCCUACGGCCUCUUCCCGGCCAACUACGUGGAGGUCCGGAAAUGAUGCGCCGACCUUGGUCAUUUUGCUUGUGAAACUUCGCUCUUUCCUCCACGCUGACGCCAACGACGACGACUCCUCCACUGCGACCCGGGAGGAACCAUGAGACUCACGAGAAUCUACCGAUCAAAUUUGUCAAGACACUUGUAGCCGAGCGUGAAGGUUUCCGGAGGUGGAAACCUGCCCUCGCCCUUCCGACUACUUGAAGAUGAUCAUGAACCAGUUUCCUCCGUCUAAUUCGCUUCAAAGAAAAUGUGCUCGCCUGUAAACAAAAAGAAAAGAAAAAAGUAUCCGACACAUGAGGGAACACGGGUGUGUGUUUACUGUGUGCUUGUGUUGAAUUCAUCUCUGGGGUUUUUUAAUGAAAGUGACCUUUAUCAAAGGCUUUUAUUUUUAUCUGUGCUUCAUUAUCACCUGCUUGUUCUUUUUUUUUUUAUUUCAGAAAAUAAAAUAAUUCAGUCA